AUGAAUCCACCACCUCAUCCUCAUUUACAGAGCAAACAACAAUUAUUUCUUUCGUCCCUCAAUCCGGUUGAAUAUUUGGAUCAGACAUUGGUGACAGCCCAUCUGAAGAAUGCCAUUACACAGAUUUUGGAAAUGAAACCUGAUGAUCCUCUUGAGUUUUUAUCUGAAUACUUUGCAGAAGCAGCUAAAGACAAAAAGAAAAGUUCAACAACGAAUAUUCCUUAA